AUGGGAAAGUCGUCCAAGGACAAGCGCGAUGCCUACUACCGCCUGGCCAAAGAGCAAGGAUGGCGGGCAAGAAGCGCAUUCAAACUACUCCAGCUGGAUGAAGAAUUUGACUUGUUCGCCAACGUCACCCGCGUUGUCGAUCUCUGUGCUGCUCCCGGAAGCUGGUCUCAGGUGCUCUCACGUGUAUUGAUCAAGGGCGAGAAGUUCGGCCGCUCGGCCUGGCAGGACCGUGAGGCCAAGUUCCGCCAGCAGAUGUUCAACGUCUUCGGGCCUACCAAUAGAGGCCGUCAUCCCCACGAGGAGCCACCUUUGGCCGCGUAUGAAGAGCUCAAGCCUCGCAAGGAUGUCAAGAUCGUCGCCAUCGACCUGCAGCCCAUCAGCCCCCUGCCGGGCAUCAUCACCUUGCGGGCUGACAUCACCCACCCGGCUACCGUCCCGCUUCUCUUGAAGGCCUUGGACCCGGAUUACGACCCCGUGUCGCACAGCCAACAAGCAGCGCAGCCUGUGGACCUGGUCAUCAGCGACGGCGCACCUGAUGUCACCGGCCUCCACGACCUUGACAUCUAUGUGCAGUCGCAGCUGCUUUUCGCCGCCCUCAACCUGGCCCUGUGUGUCUUGAAGCCAGGCGGCAAGUUUGUCGCCAAGAUCUUCCGGGGCAAGAAUGUGGACGUGCUCUACGCCCAGCUCAAACUCUUCUUCGAGCGCGUUCACGUCGCUAAGCCCAGAUCCUCACGGGCGAGCAGUGUCGAGGCCUUCAUCGUGUGUCUGAACUUUCAGCCUCCCAAGGGGUUCUCGGCUAGUCUUGAAGAGCCGCUGGGCGUGGGAUACCAGCUCCCUGAGAUGAUGGCGGAGAGGAAUAGUAGCCUCCCGGUCGCUGCACCCACGGUAUUGCAGAACCAAACGACUGGGGCGUGGGAUGCCGCGCCGGCCCAGCACCAAAUUACGGACGAAGACGGCAUUGCUGAGAUCGACGUUGAGGAUUACAGCGUACCGGAGUACAAAGAUACUCGAUGGAUAGCGCCUUUUAUUGCCUGCGGAGAUCUAUCUGCCUUUGACUCCGACGCUUCGUACCGUCUACCACCAGGACAUGUCUCUUUGGACCCCGUCCAGCCGCCCACAGCCCCGCCCUACAAGCGUGCCCUCGAGCUGAGAAAGAUCCAAGGAGGCGCAUACGGCAAGACGGCGGGCAAGUCAUGA